CAGAGUGAAAAGAAAGUUAGCAUGAGUGCUAAAGACAAGGGAGUGCCUGCCUGGUGACUGGCUUACUAUUUUCUCCGGCCCUUACACUCAUUUAUUGAGCUACUAAGAUGUGCCAGCCCCAUCUUGGAGCUGGGUAUUCAACUGUGAACAAGACCCACGCAUUUUUCUGCUUUCAAGACACUCAGCGUGUGGUGGGAAAGAGGAUGGAUGGUUUGGUUUUAUGUGAACCAAUAGAGCUUUACAACAUCUUGAAUCAGGUCACAAAACUAUCCAGAUUGACUGAAACCAACUAUCUCUGUUUAUUGGAUGUGCGUUCCAAACGGGAGUAUGAUGAAAGCCAUGUGAUUACAGCCCACCGGGUGAAGAAGAAGGCAAAUGAAUAUCUUAUCCCGGAGUCUGUGGAUCUGGAGUGUGUAAACUACUGUGUAGUGUAUGAUCACGGAACCAGCUCCCUGGAUGUACUCCUAAAACAUGAUGAUGAUGACAAUGAUGAGUGCUCUGACAAUAUUGGAGAAGGACUGGUUCUCGGAGCUGCCAUUGAAUGUGGUAGAGCCUUGGCCCACCUCACCCACCACCCCAUCCGUAUCCUGAGAGGGGGAUAUGAGAGCUUCUCGGCCAUAUACCACUUCUUCCGGACACAGAAGAUUAUUUGGAUGCCCCAGGAGCUGGAUGAAUUUCAGCCAUACCCUGUUGAAAUAGUGCCAGGCCAGAUCUACCUGGGUGAUUUCAGGCAAGCCUGUGACCCUAAAAUUCAGAAGGAUUUGAAAAUCAAAGCACAUGUCAAUGUCUCCAUGGAGACAGGGCCAUUUUUUGUAGGCGACUCUGACAAACUUCUGCAUAUCCCAAUAGAGGACACCCUGGAAGCCAACAUUUUCCCCUUUUUGCGUCAUCUCUGUCACUUCAUUGAAGUCCACCUCCAGAUUGGCUCUGUCAUCCUGGUAUUUUCUACUCUGGGCAUCAGUCGGAGCUGCGCAGCCAUCUUGGCCUAUCUCAUACACCGGAAUGAGCAGACCUUGAAGAAGUCCUGGGACUACGUCAAGAAGUGCAAAAACAACAUGUGUCCAAAUCGGGCCUUGGUGGCUCAGCUGUCAAAGUGGGAGGAGAUCGUUCUCGGAGGCUCUGUCACAGAUAUCUCAGAUCCACUCUACUGAUCUCUGUGGUCCAGCUGUAGGUCCUGAAGAACUUUGCUUGGGAGCUUCUUGUGGGUAGUGGGCCAGGAUAUAUAACCAGACCGGUGUGGAAGAAGGCCUUUGCUAGCCUCCUGUCAGUCUCCUGCAUUGUUUUUUCCCAGGCUCCUUGUUCAUAGCAGGCGCUCAAACUCAGUGAGCGCCCUCAUCCCUGCAUCAUCCUGGACCACUCCCACUGUAAUCAUGCAGCUGCCUCUGGAAGAACGCCUGGCCGCCAGAACAGCUGCCCCACAUGCGCUCCACCCAUGACUUGUACCCUUUGAAGGCUGCCUGGGGGGAGCUCCAGGGGUUCCUGUUGCCAGUGUUGGACCACAGGGAGUGCCACAAUGCCCACCCAUGGGCACAGAUCCCCCAGUCCUAGAGUAACCAAGACUAGGCCCCAGGCCCCACAGCUGAGAGACUCCUGUUACAAAGGCAUACAUUUGCCUCAUGCCCAGUUCCAGCAUGCCCCACCACUCCAGGGGGUCAUCAAUUGUACAGAUUUCUUCCUCUCAUUUCUACCUGGCUGUGUUCACCAAGAAGAUUCCUACCCAUCCUAUCUUCCAUACCCAGGUUUCUAUAAAUUCCUCAGGUCUCAAAGGGAGUUUUCUUCAGAAUGUGCCUUGAGCACUGCAGUCAGGAGAGAAUACAGACAAGGGGACUGAUGAAGAAUUUAGGAUGUCCAUCAAUUGUUCAUUCAGAAAUUACUAUCUACCAGCUGGGCAGGGCUGGGGACAUAGCAUGAACACCAUCUCAUGUCUGUAGAGGGUUGGAGGUCACCCCUAUCCCCAACGGAAGCCCAAGCCCUCAAGGAGUUGGGUAAGGGCUUUUCUGGCAACACAGGCUUUAGCCAGGCCUUUAUUUUAGCUGGAACACAGCCUGGGAUGACGGCAGAGCAAUGCCUCUGUCAUUAGAGACAUCCUGGUAGGCAGGGCAGAGCCUUUGGAAAGUUUUCGGCAGGCACGUGGUGGGGAUUAGCCUUGCAUUUAGGAAGAGCAUUUUGGUAACUGUGUGAAGGGGCAGUAGCGGUGAGCCUGGAGGCAGGGAAAUAGUAAGGAGGACGCUGUCAAAAUCCAAGUGAGAUAAGAGAUUCAGAAUUUUCUCCCCGAGGAGACUCAGCGUCCCAAGAACAAAAGUGCUUGAGGUACGUGUUACUUCUCUGGACUUUGAUUUACAUCCAGGAUGACGGGAUAGGGCACUACUGGCUGCAGAACGAGGUUGGCACAAUCAGUGGAGCCCAGCGAGGAGUAGCCACCACCCC